AUGCCCUCCAGUGAGCCCCAUCCUCCCCAAUACCACCUUCAACAUCACAGUAUACCACAGACUCACCUUCAGCAACAUCAGGCUAGCAACGCGAUCGGUCAGCAUCAGCUCUAUCAGCAGCUGGUGGUGGCCCAUCAUCAGCAGCAGCAACACGGCGGACCCUUUCAAAAUUCCGCGUACGCGCUACAAAAGCAGGAGAUGAGUCCGGAGGAAGAGGGUGGCCGCGGGGGCGGGUCCCCUCCGGCUGCUCUUCAUCAACCCCAUCAUCCUCGCACCGCGAGUCCACCCUCUGGUACAGAACCAUGUACCAGGGAUGCGAUACCCACCCCGACGCCGAUAGCCGACACGACGACAGCGACGACAGCUACCACCACCGGGAUGACUACGCAGCAGGCCCCCCAACAACAACAACAACAGUCCCAGCAACCACAGAGCCAGCAACAGUGCCAACAGGGACCUAGUCCCAGUCCCAGUCCCACCGGUGGCGACGUCGAGAAGUUCGACGGCAAGAUCGUCUACAACCCGGACGGCUCGGCGUACAUAAUCGAAGGCGAGAGUGAACUCAGCGAGGAUGAUUCGCUUCCCGACGGUUGCAUCGUGGACGGUCGGGGCGUGUCGGUUCCUCAUUCCCUGGUCUUUCCGCAGAUAGCGAGUGCCUAUUACGUCUCGCGACUCUAUGCGCAUCAGGCCUAUCAGCAGCAGCAACAACAGCAACAGCAACGAUCGGCUGCGCAACUGCAGCACAAUCCUGACCUACCGGUGAUGCACAGUUACAGGGUGAUAAGUUAUAGAAGCGCGGAGGGUAGCAAGCAACCGCCCCCGAUCUCGGCGGCUCCGCCACCCCCCGCAGCCUCGGUGCCCGUCAAACCCAUCCUCAUGUGCUUCAUAUGCAAGCUCAGUUUCGGCUACGCCAAGAGUUUCGUUGCUCAUGCUCAGGGCGAGCAUCAACUCACCCUGAUGGAGGAUGAGAGACAGGUCCUCUCGCACUCGACUGCCUCCGCCAUUAUACAGGCUGUCGGGAGGGGUAAACAGCCCCUAGUAAGUUUUCUCGAGCCUGUAACGAGCUCGACUUGCUCCCAAUCCUCCCCGGUGCUCUCGCAGAACCAGCAACAGCAACGAGUCGAGGUGAACGAUCACGAGACGCCCACCACCACGAGCACACCGGCAAGCACUCCCGGCAUUCCGAGUAGUCCUCAGCAACCACAUCAGCAACAGCAGAGGCCCUCUCCUGGCACGCCAACGACCCCGACGUCGCACGCGAAUCAUCCUCUCGCCUAUAAUCAUCAGCAACAGGCCCAGCAGCAAUGGACUGGUGGUCAAGUGAGUGCGGCAGCCUGGGCCAAGGCUCCCGACGCCUCGGCCCUGCAUUACACCUCACCGCCCCCAGCAACGACCAAGGGCUCGCCCUCCUCGUACGCAGCCCUUACUCAGCAGCCACCCAACUUCCUAACGGGAACGACGAUAGGCGUCUGUCCCGAGCACAUGCAGGGUCGGCCCAGCGGCGUAGAGUGUCCAAAGUGCGAGCUGAUCCUGGCGAGCAGUCGGUUGGCUGGGCCAGGUGGUCCCCUCGCUGGUAUCCACAGUAGGAACUCCUGCAAGACCCUCAAGUGUCCAAAGUGCAAUUGGCAUUACAAGUACCAAGAGACCCUAGAGAUUCACAUGAAGGAGAAGCAUCCCGAGAGCGAGACGUCCUGUAUCUACUGUAUCGCCGGUCAACCUCAUCCGAGGUUAGCCCGCGGCGAGACUUACACGUGCGGCUAUAAGCCAUAUCGCUGCGAAGUCUGUAACUACUCGACGACCACCAAAGGCAACCUGAGCAUCCACAUGCAGAGCGACAAGCAUCUGAACAACAUGCAGGAGCUGCAACAAGGUGGCGGCGCCACGGCCGGCAGUAAUCCGAGCUCAUCGCAGGACGCGCCGAUGCCCACGAGGAGUCCGCAUCAUCAGCAAAAUCACAGUCCGCAUCUUGCCAGUCAGACUGCCGGACAGGGAAAGCCGAAGCCGACCUUUCGCUGCGACGUUUGCAAUUACGAGACGAACGUCGCUCGUAAUUUACGGAUACACAUGACCAGCGAGAAACACACGCACAAUAUGUUGGUUCUACAGCAGAACGUUAAGCACAUGCAGACCCUGUCGGCGCUGCAGUCGCAUCAUCAGCAGGCUCAGCAGCAUCAUCAUCAGCAGCAACAACAUCAGCAACAACUCGAGCAACUCCUCCAUCUGGGCGGUUUGGAUAAGCCUCAGCACGCCGAAGCCGCCCUCGCGGACAUGGCCUACAACCAGGCUCUUCUUAUCCAAAUGAUGACGGGCGGACAACUUCCGCCGCAAUUACCACCAGAACUGAUGGGCAGCAUGGCCAGCAUGGGAGCCAUGGGAAAUCUCGCGGGCGACGUGGGGCUCUCACCUGACAGUAUGGAGCCACCUCCGGAGCCAGCCGAUCCUGAUCCGACUCACCUCUAUCACUGUUGCGUCUGUAAUAGCUUCGCGACGGACUCCCUCGAGGCUCUGGGUCACCACCUGGCCGCAGAUCGCACCAGGACGCGAGAGGGCGAGAUACUCGCCCUCGUCGCCGGGCACUUCGUCUGCAAGCUCUGCUCCUACAAGACUAAUCUCAAGGCGAACUUUCAACUUCACUGCAAGACCGACAAGCAUCUGCAGCGACUUCAGCACGUGAACCACGUGAAGGAGGGUGGACCCCGGAACGAGUGGAAGCUAAAGUACCUUGCGUCGCCGACCAGUGCAGCGCAAUUGCGCUGUCACGCCUGCGACUACUACACGAACAGCGCACAUAAAUUAGCGCUUCACGCCGCAUCUCCAAGACACGAGGCUGCCGCUCUUCUUCUACGGCAUCUUCUCGAAGCUAGUGCAAAUACCGGAAGUCCUGGCAAGCUCUACCACUGCGCUCUGUGCGGAUUCAGCGCCAGGCAUCGUUUGCCGUUGCUGCAGCACGUGCGCUCGCUCAGGCACCUUCAGAUGGAGCAGCUGCACCAGUUUCAUCGGCGCAGCGGCAUUCAGGGUAACGAGACGCCGCAUACGGAUAUCGGCGAUGUGUUCCAGGUCAUUCCGGAUCCGGAUGUUCCUCAGAACCAGCAAUCGAGUCCUACUACACCUACGACGCCAAAUGCCGCAAAUACCGGCAAUGAGCGGCGCGAGGAAGGAAGUGACUGCGGUAGCGAAGUGAAGCAAGAACCGGAUACGGAGCAGGAGGUGGAUCAGGAACCGGAAACAGAGGCGGAAGAGAUCCUGUGUCCAUAUUGCACGUAUCAGCCGAACUCUCGUGAGGAGUUACGUCAGCAUCUCCAGGUGGCUCACGUGCAGGAGGCCGAUGAUAAUAAAAGCGAAAGUGUCAAGGAGGAACCCACCCCGGAACUUUUGUGUCCAUUGUGUCAGGACAGUUUCAAGGAACGUUCGGCGCUCGAGAAACACGUGAUGCAAAUACACUCGGUCAACGCAGAUGGACUUCAGAGAUUGCUGUUGCUGGUCGAUCAGAGUCACUGGUUGAACAACAAUCCAAGAAACACUUCGACGCCGGCAGCAACACCGACUUCGCCUGGUACAACGAGCAAGCAGCAACUUCAGCAACAGCACCAACAACAGGACGAGGAUUUGAACGAGCGUCCCGGCAACGAAGACAUCGAGGAAAUCGCUAGGUGCACUGUGUGCGGGAGAGUGUGUCGCUCCUUGGAGGAGCUUCAGCAACAUCACAGGGAGGCUCAUCCAGCAACGACACCAACGUUGGCAGUCAGCGAGAAGCACGUCUACAAGUAUCGGUGCGGCCAGUGCAGUUUGGCCUUCAAAACCCUCGAGAAACUCCAGCAACACUCUCAGUACCAUGCGAUCCGCGACGCCACCAAGUGCGCCCUCUGCGGAAGAUCCUUUCGUUCGGUUCAGGCGCUGCAACGGCAUCUCGAGUCGGCCCACGCUGAUCUUCACGAAGACGAGCUAGCCCAAUACAAGCAGAGCCUUCUUCACGCGCAUCCGCUUCUCCAGGCACUGACGGAAGAGGCGCUGAGACGUCAGGGUGGACUCACCGCCGAACAGACCGUCGAGGACGAGGCGACGCGCGACGAAGAGGAAAGCGACGCCAGCGAUUCCUUCCCACUGCACAAGGAGCAGCGUCUCCUCGAAGACUAUCUGAACAGCCAACCGGUGGCCGAGGAUUCCUAUCCCGAUCCAGCCCGUAAGUUCAAGUGUCACAGGUGCAAGGUCGCCUUCACUAGGCAAAGUUAUCUCACCGGACACAAUAAGACAUUACUGCAUCGUAAAGGCGAGAAGAUGUCCUAUCCCGUGGAGAAAUAUCUGGACCCUAACAGGCCGUACAAGUGCGACGUCUGCAAGGAGAGCUUCACGCAGAAGAACAUUCUCCUAGUGCAUUACAACAGCGUCAGUCACUUGCAUAAAUUGAAGAGGGCGAUGCAAGAUCCGGGAAAUAAUAACACAUUGAUAUCAGUCGUGCCACCAGCGAGUCCUACCGAGUCGCCCGAUUCUCAGCAGGAUCAGGAUAAGAAACCAUACAAAUGUAAUAUCUGUAAGGUUGCCUACUCGCAGGGUAGUACUCUGGAUAUUCAUAUGAGAAGUGUGCUGCAUCAGACAAGAGCAAGCAAGUUGCCUGAUCUCGCUGCCAGUGGACAGUUGGAUCUUGCCAGGCCAUUGAUCGAACAGCCACCUCCUACCAGUCCUAGCAGUCCACCCUGCAAUACUAAUUCUAAUGCAGGAAACAGCAAUAUGCUCUCGUGUCCAAGGUGCAGCGCGCUCUUCGUCAAUCAGGAACAGUUAGCCACGCAUCAGCAGCUUUAUUGCAUCUUCAGCAACCCCCUAGCGCUCUUCCAGCAGCUUGCUGCUUCUCAGCAGAUAGCGAAUGCCACUCCUGCUAAGACGCCACCACCGGCGUCGACUACUCCUGGACCGCAGCUUGCACAGCAAAGUCAAAGUCAACAGACGUCCCAGACUACGCAAGACAUUUUGUCACAGCCCAGACACAAAACCUCGCAGAUGUACAAGCAUCUACUUGAGAGCUUUGGCUUUGAUCUUGUGAUGCAAUUCAAUGAGAAUCAUCAAAGAAGGCAGAGGAAGGAGGAGGAAGCAGCAGCUGCGUUGCAGGCACAACAGGAACAACAAAAGCAAGAGCAACAGAAGCAGGCCUUGGCGGCUCAGGCUGCUCAGGAACGCGAGGAGGAGGUCGAGGAGCAUGUCGAUGACGAUGUAAUUCCUGAAUUGACCAGGAGUACGUGUCAGCAUUGCAGUAAGGAAUUUAGCAGUGUUUGGGUCCUUAAGGCCCACUGCGAGGAAGUGCACCGUGACCUAGUGCCAAGAGAAUUCCUGGAAAAAUACGCUCAGCAAUUCAAAUGUGAAUACGAGAAGAAGAGUGUCGUUGUUACAGCAGCAACGUCGUCCUCGACAACAACAGCACCCAGAAGUUCGACGCCGGCAUUAAGCCAACCUCAGGAUCUCAGUCCUGAUAAGGAUACGCGGGAAAAGGAUAAGGAUGACGUUGUUGAGACCAAGGAACGUGCCACCAGGACUCCCGAAGCAACAUCCACGACGCCAGCAACAACUCCUGCUUUGAGUAACACCCCAGUUUCGAGUACGGACUCGACUACUCCCACAGUACCUACCAAUAAUGCUCAGCACCACAUGCAGCAACAACAACAGCACCAACAGCAGCAACAGCAACAGCAACAACAGCAGCAGCAGCAGCACGCUCAAAUGACUCUGGCCCAACAGAUGUCUGAAAUGCAAGCUGCUUUGAAUGCUAUGGCCGCCUCACAACUGCAGCAACAACUGCAACAGUAUCCUGGACUAAUGAUGGGCAUGAUGGGACUUCCUCUGGGACUUAAUGUUCCGGCUUUGGCAGCGAUGAACCUUCAGCCUCCGUUGGUUCCCAUGAUGCUACCCCCUCCCCCGUACGAUGGAGCCACUGGCGCUUAUCCGCCUAUCAAUGCUCAGGCCGACAUCCUAGCUAAACAACAUAUCGCGCUUCAACAACAGCAAGCUGCUGCGGCAAACGCGGCGGCGUCGCAGAAACGAGCGCGUACGCGCAUUACGGAUGAGCAGCUAAAGAUUCUACGGGCCCAUUUCGACAUUAACAACUCCCCUGGGGAAGAACAGAUUCUGGACAUGGCAGCGCAAAGUGGCCUACCCCCGAAAGUCAUUAAGCACUGGUUCCGCAACACGCUAUUCAAAGAGCGCCAAAGGAACAAGGACAGUCCAUACAAUUUCAACAACCCACCUAGUACAACCCUCAAUCUGGAAGAAUAUGAGAAAACCGGUGAGGCCAAAGUAACUCCGCUGAACUCGAGUGUGUCCGGAAGUAGUUCCUCCGAUGACAAGAGUCCCAAUAAGCAAGCCUCCCCACCUCCAUCCUCAUUAAAUAACGUUACCACCUCUCAAACAACCGAAAUCAAACAAGAAAUCCCAGAGCCGUCCCAGUGUCAACAGCAGCAGCAUCCGGAAGAGCAGCAGCAUCACAGCCCGGGUAGUUGCGGUGAUCAACAGUCGAGGCCGCACUCACCGGCCCUCAGUAUGAAUUCGGUCUUUUCGGGAUUACAUCACGACAUAGCGCACACUCCUACUCCCACAAGCGCUCCCAGUACACCUAUGCUACCGCCAAAAUUAGCACCACAAAAUUUUACCAGCUCUACGCCUGGCGUUAGUGCUGUAGUUCCUGGAGCGAUUGCUGCCAUGGCGCUCACGCCUCAAAGAUCGCUGAGCCCAGGACGCAGUCCGGCGGAUUAUUCUUUCGGCGGGAACAGCAACGGAAGCAAUUCCUCUGGCGGAAGUUCAGGCAAGAGGGCUAAUCGGACGAGGUUCACCGAUUAUCAGAUAAAGGUACUACAGGAAUUCUUUGAGAACAACGCAUACCCAAAGGACGACGAUUUGGAGUAUCUGAGUAAACUAUUGGGCCUCAGUCCUAGGGUCAUCGUGGUCUGGUUUCAGAAUGCCAGACAGAAGGCUCGUAAGGUGUACGAGAAUCAACCUGCUGCUGAGCCUGUGAAUCCUGGUGGUCGUGAGGGCGACGACGGUUCAGGAAGGUUCCAAAGGACUCCAGGAUUGAAUUAUCAAUGCAAAAAGUGUCUUCUGGUAUUCCAACGUUACUACGAACUGAUACGUCAUCAGAAGACACACUGUUUUAAGGAGGAAGACGCAAAGAGAAGUGCACAGGCACAGGCGGCAGCCGCACAGGUUGCUGCAGUACUGAGUUCAGAGGACAGCAACAGCAGCUCGACAACAACAACUAAUGCAGUUGUCAGCAAUGCCCCGAAUGCUCCAGCCCUUGCCGAACAGCUACAACAACCCCUGAGCACAGCAACGCCGCCGCAUCAUCAGCAGGGUAUCAACCAGCAACACCAAUCAACUCAACAACAGUCCCAGCAGCAAGCUCAAACCGAAACGAAGGAAGGCAGUUUCCAAUGUGACAAGUGUAAUCUGAUGUUCGGAAGGUUCGAACUCUGGCGUGAACAUCAACUAGUACAUAUCAUGAACCCCUCUCUAUUUCCACCCGCCUAUCCUCCUGACUCGCCCUUCGGAAUUCUUCAGCAACAAGCGCUGAACGCCACGACGGGAGUAACUUCCGACAAUCCGCAUCCGUUGAUCGCCAUGAUGCAGGAUCGUAAACGGAAGUACGAAGACUUUGAGGAGGGAACCGGAAGUGACGGCAGAGCCAAUAGCGAACAUUCGGAACAGCCGAAAGACAAGAGGCUAAGGACUACCAUUUUACCUGAACAGUUGGACUACCUUUAUCAAAAAUAUCAGAUAGAGUCGAAUCCAUCGAGGAAGAUGCUGGAGACGAUAGCACGGGAAGUUGGCCUGAAGAAACGCGUUGUCCAGGUCUGGUUUCAAAAUACGAGGGCAAGAGAGAGGAAGGGUCAGUUCAGGGCCCACAGUCAGGUUAUAAACAAGCGAUGUCCCUUCUGUCCGGCUUUGUUCAAGGUGAAGUCUGCCCUAGAGUCUCACCUGAGUAGCAAACAUGCCGACCAGGUCGCACGCGGGGAAGUGAAUAUCGACAAUAUACCGGAUGAGGAAUUGUCAAUGGAGUCUGCACCGUCAAAUCCAAGUACGCCCAACAUGAUGCCACCGCUGUUUCCGCCGUUCAACACCGAAAUGGAGGCUUCCUUGAAGAAGUACUACGAGGAGUCCAUGAAGCGUUACAUAAGUGAACUGCAAGCACACACGAGUAACGGAAAACAAGAAAUUACCACCGGAUCGGCGUCUUCCGGUCACACCGGUGAAUCUCCUUUGGAUCUGAGUAAACCCGUGGACCUCAGUAGACCCGUUAAACUGAGCCUGGGGGGUCUCGGGAACCUCCUGGAGGAGCAGCACUCGGCGCAUCUUCGAGGAGGCAGCGACUGCGGCCCGUUGACGGAUCUCUCGGAACGCAGCGUCUGCGACGAGGACAGUAUGAGCGAGACCACGGAGUUCCUAGACGACGAGAGUGGUCCUGCGAGUCCAGCAUCGAGUACCCAAAGUUCGAGGCAAGGGCCAGGUCGUGAUAACAGCAUCGGUGGCGGUGUCAGCGAGUCGCGACUUCCUGGAGGUGGUAGCGGAAGUGGAAGUGGUCCCCUAUCGAGCGGCGCAGGUCAAACCGGUGGGAAGCGUUACCGCACCCAGAUGUCUGCUACCCAGGUCAAGGUGAUGAAGUCCCUCUUCUCGGACUACAAGACCCCGACGAUGGCCGAGUGCGAGAUGCUCGGCCGGGAGAUAGGUCUACCGAAGCGCGUCGUGCAGGUCUGGUUCCAGAAUGCACGUGCCAAGGAGAAGAAGGCCAGGUUGGCGGCGGGCCUACCCGCUGAGGGUUCGGCUGUACAGGCACACAGGGGCCCAACGGGCCCCGACGAGUGCCGGCUCUGCUCGGUCCGAUACUCGCCGAAAUCUCCGCUCCAGGAACACGUCUUCUCGAGACGGCACAUCGAGGCCGUCCGCGUCGCCGUCGAGGAAGGCACCCUGGUCCCGCCAACCCCCGGAGCACCCAUUCUACCCGGUGGCUCCGGGACGGGCGCCACUUCCGCUACGUCUAAUCAGCAACCACCCGGACAGCAGCAGCAGCAGCAGCUACAGCAGGACGAGAAUAUGAUGUACGGAUCGUUGUUCCUUCAUCCUACGGCCAUGUUCCAGACUCAGCAACAGCAACAUGCCGGUGCAUCUGCGGCCAGCUCCGCAACCACCACGGCCGUAGCGACUGGGAGCCUGAGUGGCAGCGCUCCUGUUGUAUCAACCGGACUGAUGUCCCUGCAGGUCGAGGGUGGGCCGCAGGUGCAGGUACCGCGUGCCCUGAUGCAGGCUUUCCUGCAGCAGGACCCGAACCAUCCUGGCCUGGAGACAGUGCGCCUCCCUGGCCCCGCGAGCGAGGACGUCUCCGGCGCGCUACCCCCUCACUGCCGUCAACUGGAGUCGGAGCUGUGCCUGGUGUGUCGAAGGUGCGGCAGGGCUUAUCCCCAGGAGGCGACGCUGCUCGCGCAUCAGCGCAGCUGCUACCUCGGGAACCAGCAGCGUCGCGGCGCGUUGCGUUUCGUCGAGACGCGGUUCGCCUGUUCCGCGUGCGAGGAGAGCGCCGCGACGCGCACCUACUCGAGCGUCACGGAGUUUCGACGGCACGCCGAGACUGUGCAGCAUCGGGCGCGUCUCGAGAAUCAGCAACCUCAGCGACAACAGCAGCAACACUUUGCUCAUCCUGGAAGUGAACACGGAGAAGAGGCAAAUCCUUUAACGGACGAGAUGGAGGAUGUGGUUAACCAGAUUACCCUGUUGGCUGCUAGGGCUGCUGCGGAGAGUACCACGGGCCAGUCCCAAACGGGUUCGGGACUCACUGGGCAAGAUAAUAACAACGGACCCGAAGCGAAAAGACAAAAACUCAUCCAAGAAGUGGCAGCCCUGGCAGGGGCCCGUUGAGUAGCCAAUUGCACGGUUGGUACCUAUUCGCGAGCUUUCGAUUAAAAUUUAUAGGACACGCGGUAUAUUGAAUAUCUUACUCUCGUACUCGCUGGCCAAAAUGGAGAAUGAGACAAAAAUAGAAGAGAGAGACGAACUAGGUUCGAAUAUUUUAUUUCCCCGGGAUAUUCGAAUUCGGCUUUAUUCGGGAAUCUUCGAUUCCGGGGAAUCUACGGACCGUUGUUCGCAUGGCCGAUCCUCCAGUGUCGGUCUGUGCUUAAUUAUCAUUACUACUAUUUGCCAUUGUCUGUUAUUUUUGUAAUAAUGUUUCGAGCGACGCGUUGAACGCACUCAAAGUUCCUCAGAAUUGAUAACCACGGAUUCCUAGAAUGAGAGAAAAAAGGCGAUUUUAAGAAAAGACUCGAUUUCGAAUGUUGAGGUUCGCGACAGAAGACGGUAUACGCAGAGGAUUAUUAAGGAGGAAGAAUGUGUGGAUACUGAGAAUGAAUGGUAAAGGGGAGGAUAAAGAGACGAAUGAGAAAAUAGGAACUAGGAAAGUGUCUAGGUCGAAAGGAAAGGGCUAGGUGGAUGUACCAAAUGUGUCGAGUAGAAAAGAGACGAGCCCAAGAAGAGGUAGGAAGAAAUCGCAACCGACGAUGAUCGAUCACGACGAAUACGAGGUGGGCUGACAAAACGUUCCUAUGUAAAGUAAUAAUAAAUAAAAAGUUACUAAAAAAAAAAAACAAAAUGAUAAUUGCGCGAAGGGUUGACGAAGAAAAAAAAAUGUAGCUAGGAAUGGCGGCACGAUUCGCCGAUCUUUAAUUCACGUAGACGUACGUUCUAAUCCGACGGUGCGUACGUUCGGCGCGUGCGCAACGGAGAGAAUUCGAGCAAGAGUCGUUCCAUUAGAAAGAGUCUGUGAACGAUCGGAAGAUCCAGGUGGUAGCCUUCCGGCAAGUACUAAUUGAACGGACGAGAACGAGGGACGAAGGAGAAAGAGAAUAAGUGUAGAGACUAGAACCGAAGAGGCAGGUCUCGGCCAUAUUUGGCCCAGGGGUAGCUCGUGGCGCAAAGAGAGACAAGAGUUAAGGCCCGUUUGCUUUGAAUCGACCGCUAGACACGAAAAGUAGUGUUAAGGUAGACGAGGUACAGCUUACGACGAAGGGGUUAAGAAGGAACGAAGAAAAAGGAAAAAAGAUGUAGAAAGCCUCAAUGGGUACCAAUUCCACCAGCCGUGAUUCUAUACGCACUACGUGACUGCGUAUUCGGGAUCGAUUGAUUCGGAUCGAUAGAAAAGGCUUUCAGGAUUAGAAAAUGGUUUCCGCCUAACAUUGCCGUAGCUGUGGAGGUAUAGAACGUGAGGUGAUGGGUCACGAAUCGGAGAACUGGAUCGAGGAUAUAUCCUGGGGUCACCCUCACUCAGCCGGGAGGGUGGUGCACCUACCCCUCUCGCGAAAUCACAAUGAUAAGGAUUUUAGGAGACCUUCGGCGUAGACACGUGAAACGUGUUAAUCGUAUUGAUAAAGGAUAGGAAAUCAAAGGGGCAAAAGACGCGAUAGUAGAUUCGUCCAUGUUCCGCAGUCAGGAUGCACCUGCAUAUCAGGUUAUCAAGCACCAGGGUACGUCGGGCAUCCUCGGGGAAAUUGAUGACCCUGAAGAGGGUGCAGGCUGAUUAUGAUUCGAUGGAAUUUACUUGUGAACGCGCACGCGGCUGCGCAUACGCGCGAAUACUAAUGGCGAAAG